AUGCCUAAUCAGCAAUCCGUUGCCCUCGUCAUGGGUGCAUCCCGCGGCAUCGGCCGCCAGGUGGCUAUAGAUUUAUCAAAAGCCGGCUACGCAGUAAUGCUGGCAGCUAAAACAACUUCAGAUGCCAGCAAGACUUCACCAUUCCCACCAGAUCCCAAUUCUUCGCAAUCUACCAUCAACACGGUAGAACGCGAGAUUCUGGAAGCAGGAGGCCGCGCCGCAGCCAUCGCAGUGGAUGUUCGCGAUGCUUCAGAAAUCCAACAUGCCGUUGACGAGACUGUCCGUUUGUUUGGCAAACUGGACGUUUUGGUGUAUAACUCUGGAGCCAUCUGGUGGUCUUCUGUGGAGAACACACCUCUAAAGCGCUUCCGGUUGAUGCAGCAGAUCAAUCCAGAAGGUCUAUAUGCGACUGUGCAGGCCACAUUGCCCCAUUUUGAGAAGAACGGGUGGAAAGGAAGGAUCGUGGUGGUUUCUCCUCCGAUUUACUCGAGGUUCUUCCGCGGCAAGACUGCCUAUGCAAUGGGCAAGGUUGGAAUGAGUGUUCUGGUCAAAGGCCUAGCUAUGGACUUUGUGCGACAGGGUCGGACAGAGAUGGCUAUUACGAGCAUCUGGCCAGCAUCGUCCAUUGAAUCAGCUGCAACCGAGCACAACAAAGCCUCCGAUAAGUCAUACAAGAAAGACCUUAGAAAACCAACCAUUUUCUCUAAUGCAAUUGUGGAAAUGCUGCGCGCUCCAGUCAGCACCGUGAAUGGGCUGUUGGAUACAGAUGAAGAUUUCCUUCGCAAGUGCGGAGUUACGGACUUUUCUAAAUACUCGAUUAUACCCGGAUCUACGCCGCGUCGAAUCAUGCCAGCUGAAUUUCCUGUCCUGGAAGUUGCAGAGCAAGAUGAUGAAGGGCAGAGGAUGGACAGCACAGUGCUCCGGGCCAAAAUAUAG